AUGAUGCAAGAAUCUGGGACUGAGACAAAAAGUAACGGUUCAGCCAUUCAGAAUGGAGCGAGCGGUGGCAACCAUUUACUAGAGUGCAGCCUGCGGGAAGUGAGAUCAAACGGCGAGACACCUUCAGUUGAAAUUGGGGCUGCAGAUUUAGCACAUCUUCAGCAACAGCAGAGGAUUGCAGUCGUUAAUGUAAAGGGAAAUAUUGGACUUUUCUUCUGUGGCUCCUUUUUUAAUCGUUCCCUGGAAGUACCCAAAGAUCAGGGCUUGCUUCCGUUGCCUGAAUGUGUUGAGUCUAGUGGCAGCAAUUGGGCUCUCCAGGUGGCACGGCAGCUUCUACUGCAACAGCAGCAGCAGCAACAGCAGCAGCAGCAGCAGCAACAAGUUAGUGGAUUAAAGUCUCCGAAGAGGAAUGAGAAACAGCCAGCCCUUCAG